UAUAGUAAUAGAAGCCGCUGUUUGCAACUUCAAUUGUAAAUUCCCAAAUCUUGGGUUCUCAAUUCGACGACUCACCUCUCCCCCGAGUUAGGCCGAGUUAGGGCAGUGCAAAGAUGGUUUUGUCGGACGAGGAAAUAACGCGGCUUGUCAGAGUUAGGAAGAAUGUGAUGCAGAUGCUCAAGGAUAGAGGAUACAUGGUCGGUGAUUUCGAGAUUGAUAUGACAAAGUAUCAAUUCCUUCAGAAAUACGGUGAGAAUAUGAAGAGAGAAGAUCUUGUUAUUAAUAAAGGCUUGCGCAACAACAGCUCCGACCAGAUAUAUAUUUUCUUCCCCGAGGAACCGAAGGUUGGUGUUAAGACAAUGAAGACUUAUACGAAUCGCAUGAAAGAAGAGGGUGUUCAUCGUGCAGUUUUAAUUGUCCAGCAGAAUUUAACCCCGUUUGCUCGAACAUGCAUUAGUGAAAUAUCCACUAAAUUUCACUUGGAAGUUUUCCAGGAGGCAGAGAUGUUAAUCAACAUAAAAGAGCAUGUUCUUGUACCCGAGCAUCAAGUGCUUACCCCCGAAGAAAAGAAGACUUUACUUGAACGAUACACCGUGAAAGAAACGCAGCUACCUCGUAUUCAAAUAACGGACCCGAUUGCAAGAUAUUACGGACUGAAGCGUGGGCACGUUGUUAAAAUUAUCCGACCAAGUGAGACUGCUGGCCGUUACGUCACUUACCGAUAUGUGGUCUGAAAAAAAUGAAGCAAUCAAGUGAAAUAAGUAUAUCUUGUGGAUUGAUUGUGAGUGCUAAAAUUCUAUGUGAUGUGUGAGGAUUAUAACACUUGGGCGUAUUUGAUUUUGUAGCAUGAUGUAAUUUGAAUAGAUUUAUAGUGUAUCAGACUAUGGACAUAUUAACUAAGGACGAACCUGAAAAUUCGUUACGUGCCUUUUAACAUCGAAAAUUUCAAGUAACAAAUUCGAAUUGAA